AUGUUGACGGUAAACAGGUAUAUUUGUGGCCACUGUAUAAUGUACACGUAAUUGGAAGCCAUUCGCCAAAUAAAUUACGUAUAUACCAUGUCUCUCCACUUACCAUGGAGUUACUAAGCGAACGAAUUGAAACGAAACAUGACUUUUACAUAGGAUUCGUAUCAACCAUCAGGACACACAGCAAUCACUCCAAUGACUGAAACACAAGUGACGAUGACGAAUUCUCUCGGAGCGUUUACAGGGGGCAGCAGCCGACGCGGGAGUGCCAGUGUCACCGAGGCUGAGUGCAAGGACGGGACCACCUGUUCCUCCACCGACCUAAGGAAAAUUAUCAAUGCUAGAGAGGAGAGCCAUCACAUGGGGGCGGAGGUGAAAAAGCAGGAUGCUGCCACCCAGAUGAGACCUCCUGACGGAGGUUGGGGCUGGCUGGUGGUUCUAGGAUGUGUCCUCAUUAUGACAUUGAGCUCCUUAUUCGGCAUCUGCUUUGGCGUGAUCUUCUCCCGGUACCUGAUGGAGGAACGCUCUUCGUCCAGCACCAACGCCUGGAUCUUCAACACCAUGUAUUGCCUCUGGAAUAUGACAGGGAUCUUCAUACGGCCUCUCACCUCGGAAUUUGGCUGGCGGAAGGUCGGCGUCUUCGGUGGUCUCCUGUGCUCUGUGUCAUACGUCAUGUCGGCCUUCACUCCCUCACCAGAGUUUCUUUUUUUCUCGUUCUCGCUGUUGGGUGGCGUAGGUGCAGGGAUGAUGGUGACGAUGUGCCUCGUCAUCGUGCCUCUCUACUUCGACAAAAAGCGAGGUGUGGCGAAUGCUAUAAUGCUGGGGGGAAUGUCUUUCGGGCAGAUCGUGGCUCCACCAGUCGUCCGCUUCCUGCAAGACGAAUUUAGCUUCCGAGGAGCGACCAUGAUUUUGGGAGCCCUUGUGCUGCACGGCUGCCUGGGAGCCUCCUUUUUCCACCCCAUCGAAUGGCACUUGAAGAAACCCACGUUACAGAGAGAGAGCUUGCCUCCUGAAGAUGAAGCGCCGAUGAUAUCACCAAAAGAAAGCAAGUUAUGCAUCAGUGAAGGUUUAGUGAACUCUCAGUCGCCAGUAGCAUUUGCUAUCAGAACAGAUGACCUGGAGGCUGACACAAUGAGAGCACGUGGUGGACGACCCUUCGUCAGUGAAACCUCCAGCGAGUCGAGAAAAAGCUCAUCCCUCUGCACCUCUACGCUGGACCUUAACGACAUCGAAACAGUUACUGACGCUGAUCAAAGAGACGAAUAUCAUCCCGACGAUGAGGACCCCCAGAAAACAUCAUCCUCCGUCUGUUCCGUUAUGUUCAGAGUACUGAGGUCAACGAUAUCAGACUUGGGCAUCCUACGGUCACCACGAGCCUGCAUCAUCGCCGUCGCCAAGAGUCUCAGCCUCAACGCUGGUCUUAACUUUAUGAUGAUCGUACCCUUCGCGAUGCAAGCAGCAGGACAUACGCUGGAUGACUCGGCUUGGUGCAUCUCAGUAUUGGGGAUGUGUAGUCUUUUGUUCCGGAUCUUGGUGUCUUCACUGUCAGACUGCAAGAGAUUCAACACCCGAGUCUGCUACGUCUUCGGCUUCGCUCUGAUAUCUUUCUCAACGUUCAUCUUUCCGCUCCUGACUGACUUGACUUGGUUACUGGCGACAAUGGCGCUGCUGGGAUGCGGUAUCGGGGUCAACAUGGGCGUCGCCAACCUCGUCAUGAUUGAUGUUAUGGGACGCAAGAAGUUUCCGACCACUUUUGGGGCCAGCUGUUUCACGGGGGGUGUUGGCUUCAUCUGCCUGGGGCCUCUCCUUGGGGUCAUCAGAGACACCAGUAACAGCUACGCUCUCAGUAUAUUAGUAAUGGCUUCUAUGCAGUUAACCAGCUUUACCCUGUGGCUCUUUAUGCCUGCUGCUAUCCGCUACGACGAACGCAAAACGAAGGAAGAGGACGAGGAGAAUAACUAACCGAAAAGCAAUGAAGGAAAUUCUAAGUGAGAGAAGAAAGGGAUUAAAAUACUUAAGAAUACGUAAUACUAUUGUAACUAACAGAACACUAUAACAACAGGAGUUUAAUGCGUUGAUGAUAUAAACGAAUUUUUGGCGUGAAAUAUUUUCGUUCAUAUGAUUUGCUUUACUAGUGAAUAAAAUUAUAAUAUGAAAUAACCCAGGCGAUUGUCUUGUUGUCGUCAUCAUCGCAAAGUGUGUGUGCGCGCGCGCCACUCACUCAGGCAGGAUAGGCUACCAGUGUUACCAGCCGUACACAGACUUAGUGACCCUUGCUUGAAGACUUAAGCUAUUGAACCAAGUUAAUACAUCACAACAAUAGUAAACGACGUCAAGGAACCAAUGCAUGAUAUAAGUUAUUGUAUUAGCCAAUGAGUCGAGGAUGGUGGCAACACAUACAGGAACUCCAUAAGGCAACAGUGGUCUUAAAUCUGUACCCGGACUUGGACGUCACUCUUCACUUGUUACGUGUUGUCAUUUUAUCUGGAGUUUAGAUCAUAAUUGUUCACUAUUUCUCUUAUAUCAUUCACUCUUAAUUCCUUAUAUUAUUCUAAGAGUUCAAUUAUAAAUAAUAUUAGUCCUAAUUUUGUCAUUAUUUUGUAUCUAUUUUAUGGUGGAAUUUUCUCAUUAUAUUUUUGUCUAUUUUAUGUAAACAAAAAUACAUUGGAAUUUAUAGUUAUUUAGUUAUUUAUUGAUUUAUAUUUUGUUCUGAUAUCUUAUGAUGGUUUGUGUUUUUUGUGUAACUAGUAAUUAUAUUGUUGUUUUAUGUUGUGCAUGACUCUUAGCUGAAAUAAAAGUUACUAUUACA